AUGGGAAUUGCCGUCCUUCAGAGUUAUGUGUACGAAAACAACGGCAAACAAGACGGCGUUUUACACUUAUCACCGAGUCAAGGCGACAUUUCCGACGUAAUUGUUGAUUUGAUAAAGUUUUACGAAUGGAACUCGGUAGCAAUUGUGUUUGACGGUGUAACAUAUCCAGAGAUGGAAUUGGUUGCCAAGACAGCAGAGGUAGGGUUAAAAGUAGUCGCCAGGCAACUGAAAUUGGGUUCGGAAACCCACAACACUGAAGACGAACUUAAGUACAAGACAGUGCUAGCAGAGAUUCGAUCUAUGAAUAUUCAACAAAUAAUUAUACACGCACAUACAACAACAAUCGCCACAGUGCUCCGAGAUGACGUCUCUUACAUGAAUCUUAGCUCAUACAUCUACACGAACACCAAUUUGACUUUACUUCAUCCAAGCUACCAGGGAGGUAUCACUAACAUCGAAGACGCGGGAGAUCAUAAGCUUGAUACCUACGAAGUGAUAUUAGUCUAUGAUGCCAUUAAUAUCGUGUUAUCGGCUAUACGGGAUUAUACAUCUAACACUGGGAUGAUUGAUCACCAGAAUUCUAAUAAUGACUGUUUUGCAACUGAACUACUGGUCCCGGAAACAUCAAAUGCAUUAAGAGCCUACAUAAAAGAAGUGAAAUUACAAGGUCUAUCAGGUUACAUCUCGUUUGAAAAGAAUGGAAUGCGGUGUAACGAUUCGUUUGAUGUAAUCGAACUUCAAAAUGAAGAACUGGUUGUGGUUGGUUCUUGGACGAGAUUGGAACGUUUAAAAAUAUUUUCUCUCAAAAAACCUAUUUAUGAUUUUGCAUUCGGAGAUAACCCUUUGAGAAUAAGCACAAUUGUCGACGACCCUUUCAUAAUGUGGAGAGAUAACUACGAAAACCUGGUCGGAAAUGAGCGGUUUGAUGGAUUUCUUUAUGAUCUUAUAGAGGAACUGUCGAGGCGAAUGGAUUUCCAAUAUGAGCUGUACAUUGUUCCUGAUGGAAAGUACGGUGCGCAAUUAGAUAAUGGAUCUUGGAACGGCAUGGUACGUGAAUUGAUUGAUGGAAGUGACAUUGUCUCGACCAUCCAUAAUUGUCAUUUAUUCACGACAUCAGCGGCCGACGUAGCUAUGGCUGGUCUAACUAUUAGUUCGGUUCGCGAAGAAGUCAUUGAUUUCUCAGCACCGUAUAUGUUCCUUGGUACCGAUGUUCUCAUGCGGAAGCCUGAACCCUCGCCACCAGACCCUUUCAGCUUCUUAAGUCCAAUGUCGACUGAAAUGUGGUUAUGUGUUUGUGGUGCGUUGAUUGUGUUUAGUCUUCUACUUGUACUGAUCAACCGAAUUAGCCCCUACGAAGCGAACCACUUAUCACGUCGUGACGCAGUUUCUAAACACGAGGCAACCAACUUGAAUUUGGUCAACAGUAUAUGGUUUGUAUUCAGCGCUUUUGUGCAGCAGGGGUCGCAGUUCUCGCCAUACUCGUACUCAGCUCGCAUAAUCAGUGGUACAUGGUGGUUUUUUGUUCUCGUUUUCAUAGCCAGUUACACUGCCAAUAUGGCGGCGUUUUUAACUGUUCAAAAACUCGAUACUCCAGUUGAUUCUGUAGCUGAUCUCGCGAAACAGACGACAAUAAGCUAUGGUUGCACAGAAAGUACCCAAACAAUGUCAUUCUUUCGCGAUUCGAAGAUAGAACCCUACAAGACAAUGUGGGCUGCUAUGAAACUUGCAGAAACAAGUCCCCUUGUUCCAUCCAACGAAGAAGGAGUAAGGCGUGCUUGCACCGAGAACUAUGCCUUUCUGCAGGAUUCCACAUUCAAUGCCUUCUUCACGAACAGAAAUCCGAUACCUGACUGUGACUUGGUGGUUAUAGGUUCGCCAUUCGACAGUAAAGGUUAUGGUCUCGCUUUUCCACGAGGGGCAACAUUUAGAGAUGAUUUCUCGCUGAAUAUUCUGCAACUCAGAGAGCAGGGGUUUAUCCUGGGCUUAAAAAGGAAAUGGUGGCUGUCAGUCGCAUUGGAUUCCAGUGGUUCUACCUCUAGCAUUAGUGGCCAAAACGUACUAAGACUAAGCAACAUCGCUGGGAUAUUUUACAUUCUCGCCGGAGGAGCCGUUAUUGGGCUAAUGGUAGCAUUGGUCGAGGUCAUUGUAUACAUGCGGAAUGGAUCUAAAAAGGAUCAUGAUGAAGAAUGGGAUGAAGAACAUCGAUUGUCAGAAGGUUUUCCCAGCGCAAUAAGCAGUAGUGAUGUGUUGCAACGAUACCAAUAUACACAUAGUGUAACGAGUCAAGUGUAUAAUGAUCAGUUUACAAUGAGUUAUAAUGAAAGUGAACGAGAAGAGCAGACGCCAACAGGAGUCAGCCCGGGGAGGCUGCAUUUCACGAACGAUGGAAGAAUUUGGGACAGCCAUAACGAACUGAAUCUACCACCUGAACUAGGAAAACUAAAAUUCCUGACACAUCUGCAAGCGAAAGGAUGUGGAAUACAAGAAAUACCAUUGGAGAUAGAAAAUUUGAAAGAACUGACCUUAUUGCAUCUAUCCAAAAACGAUAUUCGCCAGAUCCCAGUUUCAAUUUGUGAGUUAGGGAACCUUCAAGUGUUGAGAAUAGAUAGAAACCAGCUUCAAGAAAUUCCAAUGGAAAUUGGCAAGCUGAAACAGCUCGUGAUAUUUGAUAUAUCAAAUAAUACGGUCAAAGAAAUACCCCCUACAAUAGAGCUCAGAAUCUUGGAGGGCAUCAAUCCAGAGGAAAAGAAAAUACGUCUGGUAUCCAGGGAAUUAGAUUACCUACCAUCACUCAUCGCCCGGUACAAUCAAGUGAAGCAAUUAAACCUUUCUAAAAAUAGAUUAUUAUUCAUACCAAUAGAAAUAUUGCAACUACGGGACCUCGAAGACCUUGACCUAUCCGAUAACAUAUUUCGGAGUAUUCCUACACAUAUAUUUGAGAUUGAACGUCUUCACAGACUACGUAUUUCUAACAACCUGUUGUUGAAAUUCCCAGCUUAUAUUGGUAAAGUGCUGGAGCUUGAUCUAUCCAAAAACUUGAUCGAAGAUAUUACCGUCUCCAACACGCGAGAAUACCCCUUAGUGAAACUCGAUCUUAGUAGAAAUAAGUUGACCAAUAUUCCUAACGAAAUAGAUUGCUUGAUACACCUUGAAGAGCUAAAUAUUUCACAGAAUGAAAUAAGAAAAUUAUCAUCAAAGAUUGUGUAUGAGUUACCAUGUUUAGCAAAACUGUAUAUAGGAGAAAAUGAUAUAAAAAUUGUACCUCAAGAAAUUGGUAAACUGCUGAGUUUAAGGGUGUUAGACUUGUCCAGUAACAAGAUCAUUGAAAUUCCCUCAUCUGUGGGACUGCUAUCACAGCUGGAAGAACUGGACUUGUCGAGAAACCCAUUGAAACAGCUACCACGAGAAAUCAAAAGGAUUUUUACUUUGAAGGUUGUUAAAGUCACUGGUGGCAAACUGGAUGACAGUGAGGUUAAAUAUGCUGCUGAACAGGGAGUCGAAUCUCUCGUGGACCAUUGGAACAAAGAGGGAAAUCUUUGUUUCCUUUCCCCUAUUCGCACGUUUACUGGAAUUAACGGGUACGCCAUGGUACUUCGGUCAGAAAGAGAAUUACUGAAAAACUGUAAUCCAGAGAGUGAAGUACUCGAUCUGCACUCAAAUGAAUUUGUUCCCUUAUUAAUCAAUGAACACGAAAAUGCAAAAAGUCUUCAUCUUGGAGGGAAUCCAAAUGUAUCGUCACUGCCUAUAGAGAUAGCUGAAUUAAUUAAUCUUGAAGACAUCAAUUUGUCAGAGGAUGCAUUCACUGAGGUUCCACAUGUUGUUACUCAGCUUGAGAAUCUCGUCAGCUUAAAAAUGAGAACCAAUAGAUUAACAGGAUUCCCCUCAAAUGUAACCACUUUAAAAGAAUUGGAUCUAUUUGGCAACAACAUCAAUAUAAUUUCAGCAAACGACAUACAAUGUCCGCAAUUACAAUAUCUAGAUAUUGGUAACAACAACUUGGAAAGUUUCCCAGACGCCAUAAUUAUGCUUCAAAAUCUACAAAAGCCAUAUAUGUCGAAAAACCUCAUUCACCGCAUCCCACCAUCAAUCGAGGAACUCAAAUAUCUAAGAGAUUUCCAUAUUAGUCAGAAUUUUUUAUCAAAUAUCCCGGAUGAAAUUGGUGAGCUCCCUAACCUAGAGACACUGAAAAUGUCGCACAAUUUGUUAGAACAACUACCUCUUUCCAUUGGAAAUCUAUUCAAUUUAUUCGAGCUUGACAUAGCAGAGAAUAAGUUGACUGAACUUCCAGCUCAAAUUGGUUGUUUGACUAUUUUGAAAAUGCUGACUGUUAAAGGGAAUAAGAUUAGAAUAUUACCAAUCCAGAUAAAUUUAUUAUCGCAAUUGGAAAACUUUUCCCUCGAUGCGGAUGAAAUGACGGAACCUCCCAGUAGUGUAUGUGUACAUGGUAUAAAAGAAAUCAAAAGAUACUUCAAGUCAAAAGAUGAUGACAGUUCCACACUAAGUCGAGUUAUUCAUCUACUGCCAAAUGAACAGAACCCGGAACUACAUAUCUUACUUGAUGGAUAUUCUUUAGAGGUUCUACCUCAUAGUGUUGUAUUGGAAAAGGAAAUUGCAGUUUCUAGUGUAUCUGUUCAAGAUUCUAGUGUUAAAUAUGAACUUGACACCAGUGAGCAAAUAGCAUCAGAUAUACUCACCAUGACGCCUGACUAUGAGUUCGCCGGCUCAGUAAAUUUGAUAUUCCAAUGUAUCAACAGUAGAUCGAGAAAGGUAAAGCUCAAGACGAGUGAUGGAAGUACAAAUUGGACGGAGCUUGUCACGGAACAGAUUGACACUGGUGUGAAGGCAAACAUUAGUAAUCUGACCAGGUUCAUUGCAACUUCCGAAUGUUUAUCAGAGACGAUCACAGUAACGAGAUCAGGGACGACAUUUCAAUCCAUAGCUGGACCCGGGGUAUCAAUAAGUAUCGGUCCAAAUGCGGUUCCACAACCAACAACAACGAGUGUUAAUGUACAUACUCCAGACCCAGACUCCGCUGUUGCCUAUCGAGGACGAAUGAUAUCCACUAUGGUCAUUCAGUGGCUGUUGUCAACGCAGAAGGAUUUCGUUUGUCAGAAGAUGCGACAGAUAGGAUGUGUGGCUGCACCGCGAAACAUUAACCCUAAUUACCUAUUCGAAAAAUGGCAGAAGUAUAAAGAGGCACGGAUAAUCGGCUUAUACUCGGUAAAGAUUGUUGUCAUGCAACAAAUACAGGAGCCGAGGAUCUUGUCGUUGAAUAUAGUUAAAUCUUCUCAAGCAGAAUUGCGAGUGGAAAGUCUGAAAGAGAAGUCGUAUCAUGCGUAUCAUGAGAACCGUGUAGUGAUAGCUUCAACAUGCAAAAUGGACACUGGGUAUCCGCACAAUAUACAUAACGGUGCCCCAAGAAAUCCGGACGAAAUAGUCACAGACAGGGAGCUUAUAAUGGUAGCUGAAAAAAUGGACAACAGUUGGGAAACUAUUGCGAUAAAACUUGACAUGCAGCAAUACGAAAUGGAUAGGUUUAAGAAAGCGGUGUCUAUGACACAACAAAUAUUCUAUAUGUUACACCACUGGCGCCAGAAAAAGGGCGCUUUGGCAAUAAGGCAGCAGUUACGAGACGAACUGAAGGAAAAUGGAGCUGAUUUCGAAGUUUAUAAGUUACUAUCACCAUCGUCAUCGGUGGCGGCGACUCAAUAA